CCUCUUUAUCAGGGGGAGACUUCUGACAACACGAAGUCCGGCUAUCUAAGACUGGCUGUCCGGUCACCUGCGUCGGACAGAUCGCUACUGCAGGAAGAUCACGACUAUGUUCGUUUCCUGUUGGCCCACAAAUACAAAGAUAGUGAGAUGUUACAGAUCCGCAUGCUCCAUCCUUCUCAAAUCUGCUUUGACUUCUUCAAAAUCAGUCUAGAGAUCUGCUACAAUGAUCAUGAGGAGUGCCGCUCCAAGUCCACAGCCCCUACUGGUCUCCGACUCAUCGACGUUCGUACCAAGAAGGUCUGCUGCGCUAUCCCAGGCUAUCAAUACAUUGCCUUGUCCUAUGUGUGGGGCAAUACCCAUUCUCAAAAUCCAAAGGAAGACUUUCCACCAGUCGUUCAAGAUGCCAUGUCCGUCACUAAAGCCCUCGGCUGUCAGUACUUGUGGGUUGAUCGAUAUUGCAUUGAUCAAAGCUCCUCUCACAGGAUAUCAAUGAUACAGCAGAUGGACCGUGUCUAUGGCAAUGCCUUUGUUACUAUAAUUGCAGCAUCCGCAAACAGCUCUCAGGAUGGUUUACCUGGUAUGAGCGGUCCGCCCCGCCGGCAAGAAAGGUUGAAGCUCGGUGACAUCAACCUCGUUGAGCUAUCCAGCGUUGGACAGGAAACUGUCAAGAUGGGAAGAUGGGCCACUCGAGGCUGGACGUUUCAAGAAGGCUACCUCUCUAAGAGGCGGCUCAUCUUCACCGAAAAGGAAGUUCUUCUUCUUUGCAACCAUGAGCUGGUGAAAGAAACCCAAACUGGAAGUGAGGCUGAUCCCUACAGGGUGAUGGAUCUCAGCCAUAGACGUGCUCGAUCUGAGGAAAGCCAUGCCACUCGCAUCAGAAACUCCUUUUACUGGAUGAUGCCCACAGCGAGGGGUAGAUUGAACUGGAAAGCUCGUCUUCAAGAAGAAAUUGAAGAAUACAGCAGUCGAGAACUAUCUCACGAAAGCGACAGCCUAAAUGCACUGCUCGGCAUUCUUAGAUACCAUGAGUCUAUCAGCUUCCACUGGAGUAGCCAGCGAAUUUCCCAUCUGUGGGGAAUACCACUGAGCCUUCACGUUGGGCAACAUGUCUCGUUUAAUCUUCUAUGGCAGAGAGGAACGAGUCGUACUCGAAGAAAAAGCUUUCCAAGCUGGUCGUGGUUAGGCUGGGCAGGAUCAUUUCGCUUCACAGAUCUAGGCGACCAGUUGAAAGUUCUACCUCAGACCGCGGAAGAGAACAUUUACGGCAAAGCAGACGAUUUCGUGAAUCCCGCCUCGAAUCACAAGCUUCAAAUACAUAUUCCGCAUGAUGGCGGAACGAUCGAUUUGCAUCAAUUUAUGCGAGACCGCGACUUGGAAACUUCUCGACAUGCGGAUUCAAGGGAACUGAUCAUCCAAUCUCUUGUCAUUUCACUACGUCUUCGCGAAGUUCAUACGCAUCCUGGCUCCAACGGCAAGGCCUGGGAAGAUCCAUCACACUGGGAAGCUCAAAAGCCAGUGGUCGUUGCAACGUUUCCUCUCGAACCUGGUGUU